AUGGCAUCAUCUGUUGAGAACGAGGUGAAAAGACCCGAAGGCAGCGACACAGUCUCUUCUCCUUCUGUGCAGUCCUUGCAAGGGAACACCACAAUCUGGCAAAGGAUCUACAGCAUAAUCGCCUACACGCCCAAAAGAUGUCGCUACAAUCCAGACAAACCUUUCGAAUUUUCAAUGCCAUUGAACCUUCUUUUCGGCUUUGCGGGGGCUUUUACUGUGGCCAAUUUAUACUAUUCCCAUCCGAUACUGAACAAGCUGGCGGAUGAUUUCCAUGUCAACCAAGAACGGGUCAGCUUGAUUCCUACGCUGGCCCAAGCAGGAUAUGGGGCAGGGCUAUUGUUCUUGUGUCCACUAGGGGAUCUUUUUCAAAGAAGGCCUUUCGUUCUACUUUUGGUGUGGUUUACGGCUACUUCUUGGAUAGGACUAUGCAUUACGAAUUCCUUUCCAGUAUUCUGCUUUCUCUCGUUCCUUACGGCCUUGACGACUGUGACACCGCAAUUGAUGCUUCCCCUCGUCGGCGACCUCGCCCCUGCGCAUCGGCGCGCAACAGCUCUUUCGAUCGUAGUCUCCGGCCUCCUCCUCGGGAUCCUCAUAGCUCGUGUUCUCUCCGGCGUCGUCACCGAAUAUACCUCCUGGCGCAACGUCUACUGGCUGGCCUUUGCUCUUCAGUAUCUUAUCUUUAUCCUCCUUUGGUUCUUUCUGCCCGAUUACCCCAGUACCAACCCCAACGGCCUCAACUAUUUCAAGAUGCUAUGGAGUAUCGUCACAAUGCUCUUCAAGCAUCCUGUCCUCAUGCAGGCCUGUCUGGUGGGGUUUUGUACGUCUACGACUUUUACUUCUUACUGGACGACCUUGACUUUCCUUCUUGCUGGAGAGCCUUACAAUUUUAGUCCGUUGUAUAUAGGCUUGUUUGCUCUGAUUGGCAUCUUCGCAAUGUGUUUCGGUCCUCCGUAUUCACGCCUCGUCAUCGACAGAUUCGUGCCACUGUUCUCCACUAUCAUCGGCGAAUUCAUCUGCAUUGCCGGCAUCUCAAUCGGUACAUACACAGGCACUUUUACCAUCGCAGGCCCAAUUAUCCAAGCUUUCAUGAUCGACCUUGGGCUACAAACCAGUCAGAUAGCCAAUCGAACAGCGAUCUAUGCGAUUGAACCCAAGGCGAGGAACAGAGUCAACACAGCUUUCAUGGUCAGCGUGUUCAUUGGCCAGAUUGUGGGAACAUCCGUGGGGAAUACGCUGUAUGCGCAAGGGGGAUGGCACAAAAGUGGAAGUGCUAGCGUGGGCUUCAUUGGAGCGGCUUUGUGCUUCUGUUUUGCGAGGGGGCCCUGGGAGAAGGGUUGGGUGGGGUGGAGAGGCGGUUGGGGAAUUAGAAGGAGGGAUUUGGGGCCAGAAGAGAAAGGGCAACAGCAGGAGCAAGAUGCGGAAAUUGCAGGUAACUCUACAAAUAACGAGGAGAGCGGUGAGGAGAAGAUGACGGAUGAGAUGGCCGCUGAAGCAAUUGAAAGCGGCGAGCCAAAGGGCUCGCAAGGAGAGAAAAGCUGA